AUGGAGAGUCUCUCCGAACCCAAUAAGCUGUCAGGGAAAUCUGCUUCUGAUUCACUCGGGCAUUCUGUGAUUGAGCACGUCUCGCAAGAGGCUUCACAGAAAAUUCAUUGUUUGGAUUCACAUGAAGAAGAACGUAAAGGGAAGAAAUUUUUAGAAGAAUCGAAGUUAGAUUCAGCUACCAUGGCUUGUGAUGCUUGUGAUGAUGGAUUUAACUCCUUUUCGGGGGUAAGCCAUCCUCCAGAACCUGUUGACGCUGAUAUUAUGAGGACAGUGUACGUCACCAUUGAUCAAAACAAAUCUGAUGUGGGUUGUUUGAUGAAAGGGCUGUCAGGAAAAGGCCCUUAUAUAGAAGAUCUCUCCAUCCGGGUUCCUGGAGUGAAACCUGAUGCGAUUCUUGUUUUGCCUGCAGAGAACUCUGUUGAGGAGGCCGACGAGUUGUGUGAAGUAUCAUCUCCAUUCUCUGUGCCUCGUGAAUCAAAAGCGGCAGAGACCACCUCUUUACACACGGAUUCUGAGGAGAAGGAAUGUGUAUGGGAUGCUUCUCUCCCACCGAGUGGAACUGUGAGCCCUCAUGGCAGCACUGAUAAUACUGGUCCGGGUACAUCUUUGAGUGCUAUUAACAGUUGUUGUACAAACAUGCACAGAAGUAAUGGAGUAACCGCUGAGAGUAUGCUUAGCAUUGAAAGAAACUCCGAGAGUGGAAAGGGUAGUGUUAAAGGAGAGUCAGUGGAGAGUGCAAAAACUAGUCUCAGCAGAGCAAGUGACAGCAGUGGCUUGAGUGAUGAGAGCAACUGGAGUAAUAUUACGGGAAGUUCUAGUAAACCUCACAAAGGGAAUGACCCCAGAUGGAAAGCCAUUCUUGCCAUUCGUGUCAGAGAUGGUGUAUUGGGGAUGGGCCAUUUUAGACUGCUCAAACGGCUUGGCUGUGGUGACAUCGGUAGUGUUUAUCUUUCAGAGUUGAGUGGAACAAGGUGUUACUUUGCAAUGAAAGUGAUGGACAAGGCAUCCCUUGCAAGCAGGAAGAAAUUGACCCGGGCUCAAACGGAGAGGGAGAUCCUUCAGUUGUUGGAUCAUCCUUUCCUUCCAACUUUGUAUACACAUUUUGAGACUGAAAGGUUUUCUUGUUUGGUAAUGGAGUUCUGCCCGGGUGGUGAUCUUCACACCCUGAGGCAACGGCAACCAGGAAAAUAUUUUUCUGAAUAUGCAGCAAGGUAUAGUCGAACUUCUCAUAUUUUUGUGUGGAUCAUCUCCUGAUACUAGCAACUAAACGUAUUAUUGACGCCUGAGGAAUACAUUAUUACAUGCUUCUUGGUUUCAAUCCUCUGGGCAGCAUAGUUGCUUCUACUAUUUUCCUCCAUUCUUCAUACAUGUUCCAUCACUAGUCACUCUUUGCGACGAAUCAGUUAUUUUUAUCUUCUUCUUGCCUACUUUUAUCUAAAUAAAACAGUGAACUAAAAAAUUCGAGUCUAUUGUGUUGUUUUAUUGACAAAGUUUGACCUAUAUGAAUGUUUCUUCCUAGUUACAUCCUCAUUGUAUUGCGUAAAGGACUUCCUCCAUCUAAACGAACAAUGUACACAUGGUGUAAUUUAUAUUGUUGAGUUGGCUACCUUGCAGGAUCUAUGGAGACUGACAAACACACCUCCCUACACUCCGAUUUUUUAGCCCUAUGUUCAUUAUGUCCUCCUGUCUUGAUUAUUACAUGGAAACUGGUGUAUGGUUGGGCGAUAGUUUUUUUGCACAGCAUGAUAUUUUUCUCUUUUUACCCUUAUCUUAUAUUUUCUACUAGUCCCUUAAUAACCGGAGGAGGGAAGAUUUCUUGGUCUGUUGGGCUGGGAGGCAGUGAUUUAGUCAUGCAAUUGCAAAUAUUUUUCGUAUUACAUAUCACCGUUGUGAGGUAAUGAACCCCGCAUUGCAAAAUUUGCUUUCUCGAGAAGGUCUAAAAAUAUGGGUUAAGCCUGCUUGAUGUAAAGAAAAAGUCACGACGCAUUUAUUCACUGAGUGCCCACAUGGAAAUUGUUUCUUUGAAAAUGAUCCGCACCCUGCCAAGGACAAGAAUUGUGUAGUAGUACCGGAAACUUGCCCCCCUUAGAGAGCAUGCCCAUCGAUCUGAGGUGUUAUUUGGGGUCUUAGGGCAGAUGGGCUGCCAACUAUUAACACCAAUUUGAUCUUCCAGACAUCAACGGUGGCAUAGUUCUCUUGAUAGUUGGAGGAGCUAAAAUGGGAGCGAAUGGUAUUUUCCUUCAGAAUUCAUGAUGACUCUUCUGUGGGUUUGAAAGAGUUUCUAUGCCAUCUUCCUGUAGAUUGCAGUGUUUCAAGUUUAUAUGAUCCACAUUUGAUGCUUCCUUCCAUCAUCAAUAAAGAAAAGGGAAAGAAAACAUAUGAUCUCAUAGAAUUAUGUAGACACUGAUUUGGCAUAUGAUAGGCAAGGGUCCUGGAGGAGAGCCGCCACUGAAAAUAUGGCUCAGAGGGACCUGUCUACAGUCUUUUGCAAGGUUCUUAAGAGCAUCUUUGAUCAUCCCAGGUCGAUAGGUUUGGGCGGCCGCGGAUUUGGGAAGAAGGGUACUGAGAAUAUGGCCCGUCUUCUUAAACGCUGACUUUUAGCCAGGAUUUGACUUUCAGUUGAUGUCUGAUGAGAGCCUGCUUAGUUUCAUCCUUCCUGUUUCCGGCCAAGAUUUUAACUUUUUUUAGUGUGGAUGGAUUAGUAGACGAUGAAUAGAGUAACAUAUUGUUGAACUUUUCGUGGGCAGAUUCUACGCUGCGGAGGUGCUGCUGGCGCUAGAGUACCUCCACAUGCUGGGGGUCGUCUACAGGGACCUGAAGCCGGAGAACGUCCUCGUCCGGGAGGACGGCCACAUAAUGCUCUCCGAUUUCGAUCUCUCUCUGAGAUGCACGGUCUCGCCAACGCUGCUCAAGAGCACCGUGGCAGACUCGAGCGCGGCCGGGGGCGGCGGCGGUAGCGGCUCUGCCUUAUGCGUGCGGCCGGCGUGCAUGGAGCCCUCCUCGGCCUGCAUCCAGCCCGUCUGCUUCAUGCCGAGGCUCUUCUCCCAGAAGGGCAAGGGCAAGAAGACCCGGAAGCCCCGGACCGAGAGAGGAAGCGGGGGCGGCGCCGCCGCCGCCCUCCCGGAGCUCGUGGCGGAGCCGACGGGGGCCCGGUCCAUGUCAUUCGUGGGCACCCACGAGUAUCUAGCCCCGGAGAUCAUAAAAGGCGAAGGCCACGGCAGCGCGGUGGACUGGUGGACCUUCGGUAUCUUCCUCCACGAGCUCCUCUACGGGAGGACUCCCUUCAAGGGCUCCGGCAACCGCGCCACCCUGUUCAAUGUGGUGGGGCAGCAGCUGAGGUUCCCGGACUCGCCGGCGACCACCUACUCCGGGAGGGACCUCAUCCGGGGCCUCCUGGUCAAGGAGCCGCAGCACCGGCUCGGCGUCAAGCGCGGCGCCGCCGAGAUCAAGCAGCACCCCUUCUUCGACGGCGUCAACUGGGCGCUCAUCCGCUGCAGCACGCCCCCGGAGAUCCCCCGCCCCCUCGAGCCGGAGCCGCUCCCGGCGAAGCCCGGUCGGCCGCCCUCCCCCACCGCCGCCGAGACCCUCAAGACCGGGGGUAAAUAUCUGGAUUUUGAGUUCUUCUAG